AUGAGCGGACAAAAGUUCCAGUACGACGAGAGCGGCGGGACCUUUUUUUACUUUCUGCUCUCGUUCCUGGCCCUGCUGCUCGUGCCGGGCACCUACUACCUCUGGCCGAGAGCGCCCAAACCAGAUCCCGCUGAGAAAGAACAAGCAGAGUGCAAUUGCGAUGGGUGUAAGAAGAAGAAGAUCAUCUUGCAGAAGAUUGAUCCGUGGAAGAAUACCAAAUGCUUUCUCAGGAAAAGCAUCAUCGUCACUGGGUGGCUGAUUCUUGCACUAUUAGCUUACAAAGUAUCUCAAUUCGAUUAUGAAAUGUCCAAUUUUGAUCCUUAUGAAAUUUUGGGUGUAUCGCCUGGUGCUUCUGCUUCCUCUAUUAAAAAAGCUUACAGACAACUUUCUCUUAUUCUCCAUCCUGACAAAGAGACUGGAAACGAAAAAGCUUUUAUGAGAUUAACAAAAGCUUAUCAAGCUCUUACUGAUAAAGAAGCUAUGUCAAAUUGGGAAAAGUAUGGUAAUCCUGAUGGCCCAGGGGCCAUGGGCUUUGGAAUUGCCUUACCGUCAUGGAUCGUUGAAAAAGAAAAUUCAGUGUUGGUAUUAGGUGCAUAUGCCCUUGUUUUCAUGUUAGCUUUACCCACAGCUGUAGGAAUGUGGUGGUAUCGUAGCAUUAAAUAUACUGGUGAUCAGGUAUUAUUGGCAACAACAAAAAUGUACUAUGCUUUCUUCCAUAAUACUCCAACUAUGAUGGUGAAAAGAAUAAUCAUGGUUCUUGCAGCAUCAUAUGAAUUUGAAAAGAAACAUAAUGCCGAUAUUGUUGAAAGAGAAUCGGAUAAUGACGAAGUUCCUGCACUUAUUCGCCAGUUGCCCUAUUUAAGUGAAAAAAAUAGAGAAUAUCCACUUUGUUAUAUGUACUCAAUCAAAGCAAGAGCUAUUAUUCAUGCACAUCUGUCAAGACUUGAUCUGAAUCCUCAAACAUUAGAAAAAGAUAGACAGUAUAUUGUAAAAAAAUGUCCUUAUUUGAUCCAAGAAAUGAUCACUUGUGUUAAUCAGUUGAUUGUUUUAGCUUACGCUCGACAAGUACAACACUUACCAACCAUCACAACUAUUGAAAAUUGUAUGAAAUUAUGUACAAUGAUUGUUCAAGCAUCUUGGGAAUUUAGAAACCCACUAUUGCAAUUGCCACAUCUUACUGAAGAUCAUCUCAAGUACUUCAAAGCCAAAAAGGUAAAAACUCUUCAAGAGUAUGCUCAACUGAAGCGUGAAGAUAGAAGAUCCAUUUUACGUGGUUUAUCUGAUAGUGAAUUUGAGGAUGUGAUGACAGUUUUAGGAAAUAUGCCUUAUGUAGAGUUCAAAGUGAGAUCAGAAGUCAUGGACGAUGAAAAUUCUACUGUAAUCACAGCUGGUGCCAUCGUUACAGUGACAGUGACUUUAGAACGUAAAAAUAUGUCCGAACUUUUUGGUGAUGAAACUGUGGAACAGAAAUCUGUUGUCGAGGAUGAAAAUCGUGAGGGUGAAAAAGAAGAAGAAAAAUCUGCUGCUUCCCAAGCAGCUAAAAAGCCUGCAUGGAUGAAGCAAAAGAAGGGAGGUAAAAAAGCCCACAACAAAAAAGGACCUAAAAAAGGUCCUGCUGUGAAACCUACAGUAGCUGAUAAAACAGCUACCUCAGCCGCGACUGAAAAUGGUGGUCCUGGCCAACAAGUCAACCCAUCUCCAAAAGUUAAGAAAGAAAAGAAAGAAGAUGCUAAAGAUAAAGAAGAAAAAAUUCAAGAUUCUGAUUCUGGAACUGACGGUGACAAGAGCGACAGUAGUGAUGACGAAGAUAGUUCACCAGAAACUAAUAAAAAGAACAAAAGUUCGGAAGGCAACGACGACGACGAUCACGAAUGGAACAAAUUCCAACAGCGACUGUCGAAGCGCGAUCGUUUCCUUGAUGGCCGCACCAAUCAAUCUCAUCGCGUACAUUGUCCAUAUUUUCCCGAUGUUAAACAAGAGUACUGGUGGGUUUAUAUUUGCGAUAGAAAAGGUUUGACUCUGCUUGCAGCACCGGUGCACGUUACCUCGCUUGUUGACACUGAAGAAGUUCAACUCAAGUUUACCGCACCUAUGUGGCCUAAUGUUUACACUUUUACUGUUUGCCUGAGGAGUGACUCCUACAUGGGUUUCGAUCAACUGUAUGAUCUAAAGCUCGAUGUGAAAGAAGCUGCAGCGAUUCCUGUAGAUCAUCCUCAGUGGGAAAUGUCUGACGAAGAGUCCGCUGCUGAUGGAGAAGGCGGAGAUGAUCAGUCAGAAUUUACUACUGACGAGGAUGUCAGCGAUUAGAGCGUUAAAAGGCUCGAAGUUGCAAUAAAAUCGCUAAGUACCGUCAAUGAUAAAUAGAAUGUGGAGUGUACAUGAACAUUACUAAAGCUCUUGGAAAGCUUAAUUUAUUUUAUUAGCAUAAUAAAUGUGUUGAAAAUGCAAAGGGCUCGCGAUUAUGUUUCUCGCGCCUGUUGCAUUUUCUGUAAGAUUUACCACUUUAAUGGUGAAACUAAAUAAAUACUUAUGUCUCCUGCGAUUUACAACGCAAAACAAAUGAAAUUGUAAUAGACUGGAUUAUGGGUGUUUUUUGUAACGUGAAAAUAUAUUUAUUGUAUUAAAUUGUAUGCAUAGCAGAUGUAUGUUUUUGUUUGUGUGGACACACAUCGAAUUUAAAUGGGGGUUUUAAUUAUUAAUUGUAACUAUUAUGUAAUAGCGCAAUAAUGAAUUUAAAAUAACGAAAAAUAAAAAGUAACUUUCCUGAAUAAUGUAAAAGAGUAUGAACGUACGAAAAAGACGAUGGAAAAUAGAGUACAAGGAAUACAUGUUGAAGAAUUUAGCACUUAAAGUGUAAAAGAUUUAGAUGUUUAUGUUGAUAUUGUUACUUGAAGCAUCUAUUAUCUAUAACGUUUUUUCAAAAUAAGAUAAAGAGAGAAUGUGUGGCACAACUUUUUCAUAUAGAAGUGAAACUGUCUAAAAAUAUAUAUAUUAUAUAUAUAAAUUAA